AAUUUCCAGUUUAGCAGACCCCUACUAGAACCAGCGUGCUAGCGACAGCUAACUAACUCGGAUAAAUACAUCAAACGAGUGGUUGCUAGCCAUGUCAGUACUCCUCCGGAAACGAGCGAAGCUGAGCUGAGCGUGCCCUCCGUCACCGUAACGCAAUCGCUGAAAGUCCGCCACAGAAAAUGGCGGACUCUCCUCCCCGAGAUGCCAUGGAUAGGCAUAGCAGCAGCAGUGCGAGCAGCGACAAUGCUGGUCGUAAACAACGCAAGGAACGGAAGCACCAUAAAGAGAAGCACCAUAAAGAGGACAAAGGGGAGGGAGCGGAAGACACAGAGAAGAGAGUGGAAGAAGGCAACGGGAACCUGGAGGACGAGCAGCAUUCACACAGGGAGGACGAGAAGGAAAAGAAAGAGAAGAGGGACAAGAAGGAGAAGGAAAAGAAGGAGAAGAGGGACAAGGGGGAAAAAGGGGAUCAUAAAGAGAGGAAAGAGAGGAAGGAAAAGAAGGAGCUAAGAAAGGCAAUGACGCCCAGAGCAGGAGAUUUGUCUAGUCACAGAGGGGGGUUUGAGGCUCCUAGUGGGGAGCUGCGGAGGACCAGGAGUGGGGAGUCGCACUUAGACAGGGUGAAAGAGGAGGAGGAGUGGAGGAGGGAGGGGGAGGGAGUUGAGCGAGCAGAUGGGAGGACAGGGAGAGAAAAUGGAGGGAUGGAGGUGACGAAUGCUAUGGGGGCUGUUGCGACAGGCAUUGGAGGAGAGAGUAGGGAGAUGGGGGAUGCCACAGGUGCAGCAGUGGCAGCAGUUCCGGUGAGUGGGGCGAGUGGGGCGAGUGGGGAAGACGCCACCAAAGAAAGAGAAGGCUCGGGUUUGGAUUCCAGCCAUGCGAAGGGCUUGCCUGUUGGUGACUCGAAAAAUCAUCACGUGGAAGGUUCCAAAAAGGUGGUUGAUCCCGAAGACCUUCUUGCUCUUCAGGAGAGGUACAAGGCUGACCUGGAGGUGAAAGAGGCGAGAAUACGCGAGCUCGAGCAGGCGCAAGUAGCCCUGGAGGGAGAGAGAGCGGGACUGGAGGAGGAGAAACGGCGAGGGGAGGAGGAGAAGCAGCAGCUGCAGCAUCAGACGCGGCAGCUGGAAGAGGAGAAGGCAAGACUGGAAGCAGAGAAGGAGCAACUGGAAGCAGAGAAGGAGCAACUGGAAAGCGCGAAAUCGAGAUUGGAAGAGGAGUGGCAGCAGUUGCAGGGGGAGAAGCAGCAGCUGGAGGGAGAAAAGAGCGAACUGGAGGCAGAAAGAAGUCAACUGGAGGAGGAGGUGGAGUAUUUAUCCCAGGAGCUGGAGAGCGAGCAGGAGAUAGCCGCGGAAGCAGCUGAGAUGGUGCAGCGGGAGUGGGCGGCGCGGCAGGAGGCGCUGCGCCAGCUGGCAGAGGUGGAGCGCCAGCUGGCGAUGGAGGCACGCGAGGCUGACGUUGCAGCCGCUGCCGCCCAUGCUGCUGCUGCUGCGGCAGCGGUGGCGGCUAGUGCUGGUGCUGCUGAUUCCGGUGCUGCUGAUGCUGGUGUUGCUGGUGCUGGUGUUGCUGGUGCUGGUGCUGGUGUUGCUGGUGCUGGUGCUGGUGCUAAUGUAGUGCAAGGAGAAGAAGCAGCAGGCGGAGCAUCUGACGGAGAGUCCGUUAUCCUGAACGGAUCGUUGGACGCUGAUGAUGCUGCCCGUCUGGCCCAUUCCAUUCGGUCACCUUCGUUUGGAGCACUGGAAGGGGAGCAGACGCCCUCGUUUGAAGCACAGGCCACUGGAGCUGGCGUCGCAGCUGAAAGGGGUGCUGCAGCAAGCACCAGCGGCGUGGGAGGGGUAACUGACCCCUCGGGCUAUGCGUCAGACUUUUCAGGCUUUGACUUGAAGCUUCCUGCCUCCCCAGAUGAGAUCAUGCAGCCUCGGCUAACCCCCUCCCCCUCCACUUCUCAACUUCCACCGCACUCGACCGCUCACACAGCCCCUAAGCCAACACCGCACUUGACCGCUUUUUCAACCUCUAAGUCGUUCUCUGCAGCUGCUUAUGCAGACCGUGCCCAGAACUCCAGUUCUCACCAACCCAGUCGCACAGGCUCGGCAGCUCCAAAGCUGGACAUGCUGGCUCGGAUCCGAUCCGCCACGUUCGUCCUCCGGAACAGCAGCAGCCGCGGAAACACUCCGGCUGGCAACACUCCAAGCACCUCCCCCAGGGCCAAAAUUGAACCUUCCAUGAUGGUUCCUUCCACGUCCAUAGGGACUCAAGAAGGGGGAGACACGGAGGAGCUGCCGAUAUGGCUGCUGCUGCAGCAGCACCGCCAGCAGCAGCAAUUGUUGGCAGCUGCAUCAGCAGCCGAUUCAACAGCUGGGGCUGCUGUCGCUGCUGCUGCCGCCCAAAUCGCCGGAGCGGAUCCUGAUGCGGAUGCGGAUGACACAUCUCAUCCCCUGGUUCACCCCCUGGAGAAGGGGAGGGAAACAGGGACUCGGUGCAAGUCCCCUCACCGCAGACAGGUUGGUCGAUCACCCAUGGGCCGGCAGCAAGCGAGUGGCAUCACAGCAGUAUCAGCAGUAUCAGCAGUAUCAGCAGUAUCCACAGCAAGGUCGGCCGCCCAUGGCACUCGCACCCCCUUGCGCCGGCGCUGCCUCACCGGUAUCACCUCGUCCUCCCUGCCGCCCUCCCUCUCUCCAUUCGCCACUGCCGCCUCCCCUCUCUCCUCCUUGCCCACUGAGGGCUUGCGUGUUGGAGCAGCACAGGGACAAGGUAUCGCAGCGGAAGAGGCUCAGCUGUCGCUGUGGCAGAGGGCGCAUGGCACUGGCUUCGUGCAUGUGCUGCUGCAGCUGUCGCUGCACAGGGUGAACCGGCUCGAGGACCACCUGGGGAGAGCAGAGGCAGCAGCGGCAGCAGCAGCAGCAGCAGCUGGUUCUGGUGCUUGUGGUGGUGGUUCCGCUGCUGCCUCUGCAGGCCCUGGCUUGUUCUCCAGCCUCUCUUUCAGCCGAUUGUUCCUGCCGGUUGCAGCCACAGCCGCAGCAACAGCAGCUGCCACAGCCACAGGAACAGCCGCAGCUGCUGCCUCAGGUGCAGGUGCAGGUGCAGGUGCAGGUUCAGGUGCAGGUGCAGCCAACAGUUCGUUUGAAAAACAAGCAGCUGGUUCCAAUAUCACUUCACAAGGUGUGGCCAGCACCGAGCUCUUGAGAUUUGGCACUGGAAGCAACAGCAGAAGCAGUGGCAGCAGCAAUGGCAACAACACCAGUGGCGGUGGCAGCAGCAGCACCAGUGGCGGCAGCACCAGUGGCAGCAGCAGCAGCAUCGCUGCUCUAGCACUUUCUCUCAGCUCUCGCUUCUCCUUUUCUCAUCGGGCGGACGAAGGCAAGCAGAAGCCCAGCAGUGAAGGCCCAGGCAGGCUCGUGAGCGAAGCUCGGCUGGAGGCUCGGCAAGAGACUUGGCAAGUUGCUCGGAAGGAGGCUCGGGAGCGCGGAGUGGAGCUGUACGUGCUACAGCUACAGGCGGAGGCUCUUAAGGCUACAGCCGGUGUGCUUUGGGCCGAAGCUAGUGUGGAGGAGAGGACUCUGCAAAAACUAAGGCUGGAGAAAGCAGAUGUAGCAGAAAGGAUGGGGGGGAUAGAGGCCACGCUUGGUGUAGUGACAGGGGAAAUGGAGGCUCUUGAGGGGAGCGGGGAAGUAGAGGAGGAGGAUGGGGUGAAGUCUUCUCCAGACGUGGUAACUGCCCAUGGUGCGGAUGCCUCAAGAUAUGGCGGCAGCAAAGGGGAGGAGACGAGUGGGGAGAAAGGGGAGCAGAAGCACUCACUGCCGGUUGACCAGAAGCACUCACAGCCGGCUGACCAGAAGCACUCACAGCCGGCUGACCAGAAGGUCUCACAGCCGGCUGACCAGAAGGUCUCACUGCCGGCUGACCAGAAGGUCUCACUGCCGGCUGACCAGAAGGUCUCACUGCCGGCUGACCAGAAGGUCUCACUGCCGGCUGACCAGAGGGUCUCACAGCCGGCUGAUCAGAAGCACUCACUGCAGAAGUCCCGAGAUCGUCUCCUGAAGGCCUUAUCGGAUGCAAGGAAGCAAGUCAAAGUGCUGGACCAGGCCAUUCUUGCCAGCUGCCAUGCGCUACAGGGCAAAGAACAGGAGAGAGACAUGGUGCUCCGGCGCUUGAGCGAUGCUGAGACAAAACUUGCCACCCUGAAGUUAAUGGAAAGUACUGCCACCGACUCUGUUCCAGUGAGUCAGAAGAUGUUGGAGCGUUUUCUCCUCGUUGGCCCCUUUCUUAGCAACCAUGCUGCCAGAGGUCCUCGACUUCUCACCUCCUCAACCGCGUACAGCUCAACCCCUUCCUAGCUAACUCCUGACUUCAUAUAGUUCUGAAACGCAUGAUGCAGUUUUUAUUAUAC